AUGAACAAAGGUCCUGAUAGGGUGACAAUGUUAGUUGAUGGUGAAAACCAUGACAAAUUUAAUGUUUCACCUAGUGAGGGAAAGUACACAUGGUCAAGUGGAACAAUCUAUGAGGGUGAUUGGGUUAAUGAAAAAAGGACUGGGAAAGGACCGGUCAUAAAUCCGUCAAGAGCAAGUUUUGAGGGUGAAUUCUUUAGGAAUUCUCGUCAUGGUCAUGGCACUCUUACAAAAUCCAAUGGGGAUGUCUUCAUUGGUAACUUUGAAAAUGAUCUUUUCCAUGGCAAGGGAAAGUACACAUGGUCAAGUGGAACAAUAUAUGAGGGUGAUUGGGGAAAGCACACAUGGUCAAAUGGAACAAUAUAUGAGGGUGAUUGGGUUGAUGAACAAAGGACAGGGAAAGGACGGAUCAUAUAUCCAUCAGGAACAAGUUUUGAGGGUGAAUUCUCCAUGAAUUCCCGUCAUAGUCACGACACCCUGACAAAAUCCGAUGGGGAUAUCUACGUUGGUAACUUCGAUAACGAUCUUUUCCAUGGCAACGGAAAGUACAUGUGGUCAAAUGGAACAAUAUACAAGGGUGGUUGGUUUGAUGGAAGAAGGACAGGGAAAGGUCGGAUCAUAUAUUCAUCAGGAUCAAUUUUUGAGGGUGAAUUCUCCAAGAACUCCCGUCAUGGUCGCGGCACCCUUACAAAAUCCAAUGGGGAUAUCUACGUUGGUAACUUCGAGAAUGAUAUUUUUCAUGGCAAGGGAAAAGAUCAUGAUGACGUGAAAGGGUGA